AUGUAUACUCGCGCGCUUUUGUCUCUGGCCAUUGGCCUUAUUGGGGUGGCUGCUAGCCCUUGCAAGCCCUUGACGUCAGCUUCGAUCGUUUCUUCUACGGCUUUGACAUCGAGCGUCGCUGAGCCCACGGUGUCGACCUCUGUUGAAUCCGCUGUUACUGAGACGUCAACUUCGGCCGAGUCUCUGGUGACUGAUACUCUGACUUCAACUGCUGUGGAGUCUACCGUCACCGAUUUGACAACCACUGCCUUGACCGCCACGUCCGCCGACUCAACGACACUCUUUACAACAGAAACUUCCGCUGCUACAACCGAUUUCUCUUCUAUCGAGACCUCAGCCGAUACCACCACCGCUGAUGCGACAACCACUACAACCGACGCCCCUCCCGUAAUCACCACCUUCGCCGUCGUCGCUGGCUCCGGCCCAGCAGCCAACAACAUCCUCAAAUCAGACAAUGGCUUCGGCACUCCUCUGUACUUCGGCUCAAGCGUCACUUUCCCUGCGCAGCACUACAAUAUCGACGCCGCCACCGGACAGAUCAAAGCCGGCGCCAUGUCCCUCUGCGCAUGGUUCACACACAGCGUGGCGAACUACGCCUACAUCACUGCAUGCAACAGCGACAAUGAGAAUCUCACCCUCGGCGUGGUUUAUCUGACCUGCCAGGCCCCUACUGAAGGGUCUGCCCUCCAGUGUAGCGUUCCAGUGCUGAGCUGUACUCAGUUGGGUGGUGGUGUUCAGAGUUGCGCUGCGACGACGGAUAGGCUGAGUCACUUUACCAUGCAGGGUGACACUGGACUGUUGAAUAUCGUUGCUGAUGGUUUCACGGGUAUUAAUCAGACGCCUGUUGAUCUGAUUGUCGACCAGGCUGCUCCAUCAUCUUAA